AUGGCACAAAAGGUCUUUCUGACACAGCAGAUCGCCGAGUUCCAAGCACAACUGUUUCGACACGAAUUUCCCAGUGAUUCAUUCCGCGGGAUGGGCACGCCUGGAUGCACCCCUGAAGGAAACAAACCCGUCCCUGGACAGCUCGUCUCAAACAUGUUCUUCAUGGGCAACCACAUCAACUAUGACGGGGUGCACCGAGAGCCGUUUCGCUCAAGCCACGACUGGCUCAAGUCGCUAUUAGAAACCAUUAUGCGGGAAUUCGAGGACUUUGCCACCAAUGCCGAAGACGAGGACGAGAUAGAAGAAGCCGAGGAUGUAUUGGAGGUCUCUAAGCGUCUUGUUACACUUCUACCCAAGACGUACCGCACCCAUGCAUCACGACCUAGGGCAACAUACUGUUAG